CGUAAGACUAAUUAAAAUAAGGCAAAAAAAAAAAGACACUAUCUGUUUGUCCAAUUUGUCUCUUUCCCCAUCAUUUUUUUUUCAUCCAUUUUUGAUUAUAGAAGGUUAUAAAGAAUGUCCUGUGACAUCCAGUGGGACUCUGUGGAAAAGUCCUCAUUCCUCUCUUGGUCCAAGGAGUUACUUUACGAUGCGUUGAAUUCAGGAAAGAGACCUUUAAUAUUGAGCGAUGAAAUCCUUGUCAAGGACCUCAGCUUUGGAUCUACUAGUCCAAGUUUUGAAAUCUUGGAGAUUGGUGACCUUGGGAAGGACAAGUUUAGAGGAAUCUUCAAGCUAAAAUACGAUGGCGAUGCCCAUAUAACGCUAUCCACUGCUAUUCAGGCCAACCUCCUAAAGAUCUACCAGGACUCCAUAACACAAGACGGCGGUGAUUUUGCCUUGCCAAAGUUUGGUUUGAGCUCCAAGUCCUUCUCGAUGCCGCUAUUUGUGGACUUGAGGGAUAUCAGGCUCAGUGGUAUCAUUGUUGUUGUGUUCUCGAAGAGCAAAGGGUUAACGCUUGUGUUCAAGAACGACCCCUUGGAGAACAUCAAAGUGAGUUCCAGUUUUGACAACGUUCGUGUCAUUGAACGAUUCUUGCAGAAGAAGAUUGAGAACCAGAUACGUGAUUUAUUCAGAGAUAUCCUUCCUAGCGUGCUACACAAAGUGUCCCAGAAAUGGACCACGAGUAACGUGCUGCACCAACUGCAUUCCAAGUUGGAUCCCUCGCACAGUGAGAAGAUUUCAAUAUUUGAUGUUAAUCCUCGUGAAACCGAGGUUUCACAUGCGAACAUGUUAAAGCUCUCCACGUUGAACACAUCGAGGCAGAGUCUAAGGCUUUGCGUCCCACCUUUCCCGGACGUUGUGGAACGUCCUGGUCUUUCAAAAUACGAAGAAAACUAUUCGAGCUUGGCUAAUUGCAGAAACAUCCCUAUUGAACUGAUAACGCGUGUUGAUGGAUAUCAGUUGGAUACCACUCUGGCGAAAUUGGCUACAUAUCAGUCUAAGAACUACCAUAACGAGAAGAAUUCGCAGGUGUUAAAGAGAAGAAGUAUAAAGAUUAACAAGAAGAAAAAAGAGCAUGCAAGUGAAGCUGCAACAAGAUCUGUUAAAUCAGAGGAUACCCUUGUGGAUCCACACCACACAACUCGACAAAAGGUUGAAUCAUCGCAACAGGUCACCAAGGAGAAAGCUGAGGAUUGUACUAAAUUCGUACCACCUCUUUCAAUCCCACUACGGAACGGCUCUCCUGUUCGUUUUGGUACCGUAUUGAGGGAGUCACAUCAACAGGCUCCACUCUCUCCAAUGAUUGAAAAAUUGCAACUUUUACACUUCAACUCUCACGAAUCCCUCGCCUCACGCCCUCACUCACCUCGGAAAUCACAGAGCAAUCUGUUGUUUGGACCAGGGCUAAACCACCAUCUCUGGGUAGAUGCUCCUCCUCCGUAUAACUAACGACUAUACGUGUAUAUAAAAUAUUCCUUGUCUUGUUUUUAACAUUCCAUAUCUAUGGCUAA